CGAUCUUGCCCGUUCCUAUUUAAGGAAUGGCAGCCCUCGAUCUAAGUGUGUUCAUUCGCUCACACUUUUUUAGAUCUUCAUACAAUUAUUCUCCACCCCUUUUUACUCUUUCAAUCUACCUUCUUUAAUCCCCUUUCUUGGCAUCUUUUGAGAAGCAUUUUUUAUUGCUUUUGGAUUCCCAUCAUAUCCCCUAGCAAGAUAAGGUACGAUUUCUCAUGUUUGUUGUGUUUUUAAUGCCUUAUCUUACCUAACAUGUUAUGAAUGUUUGGAACCAUUAAUGCUCAUGUUAUACCUAAGAUGACAUCUUUUUGGAAUGGAAGUGCUCUUCUUCUCUUUAAUAAACUAUCUAUGUUAUUUUAGAAACCUUGGUGUGUUGUUCCCAUGCAUUUAUGACACUUUCAAAAACCACCCACCAAGUGUUCGAAGAAAGUCCCCAGCCACAUAGAGUUCAUUAUGUGCAAUCCUUUUGAUUUGGUACCAAAUUCAUAGCAUGGGGUGACAAUCCCUAAUUGUUUCUACAUUGGUUUGAGAUAUCCUUUAGUACAAUACCUUGGAACUAUCCCUCUACUUAACUUCCCCUUUACUAAAUUCUUAGUUUCACUCAAGUGUGGGGUAAGAAACAAGGGGUCUAAUUGUAGUUCAUGAGAAUGCUACUCUUUUGAAAUGUGAAUUUUGGAUUGAUGGAUUGUGCACAUGUGAACCACUUGUUUUGUAGGAUAAAAUGCAAGGCCAAAGGCAUGGGACAUGGUGAGAGUUCAUCGUCACGCACAUCUCGCCCUCGCCAAGGUCAAAAGAAGGAAUCAAGGAAAGCCAAAUCAAAAGAAGUGUUUAUUGAAGUACCUCAUCCAACAUCACAUCUUCAACAUCCAUCGAGGGUAUUGCAUCAAAAUGAUCAAGCAAAUGUAGAAGGCAGCGUCAAGCACAUCACUCACUAUUUUUUGGAACACAUGCCCGAGCAAUUCAAGAGCAAACUUCUGUGGCUUCAAGGAUUAUCUUUAUGCGAAAGUUCUUGUUUCAAUUGGAAACUUUUUGCCCAACUCGUAAUUGAAGAUGCAAUCUGCUCUAAAGUACAGAAGUUGUCAUGACUCAAGUUAUUCUCUAUUCAAGAAAAUAUCUAUCGGGUGCUUGUUCUAGAAUUUAUCAGUACUCUUACUAUUCGAGAUAUGAGGGGUGUUGCCGACCUUGAAGAUAACAUCCAGUUUCAACUCGAAGGAGAACAUCGCCAUAUGUCGAUCCGGGAGUUCACUAGAGCAUGGACAUCUACCCGGCGAGUUUCAUUGAUUCAUCUAAUGACUUUGCUACCUUGACUAGGGAAUCCGACUUCCCUUGUUUCAAUACAUUUUAUGAGAAUGAAGUCAAGAAACUCGAUAGUCGACAAUGGGAUGUGAAGUUAUCAAAAGCUAGUGAGGUGAAGCCGGAGUGGGGGCUCAUACACCACGUGAUUGCUAGAUCCGUGGGAGGUAAGAACCGGAGCAAGGGAGGCCUAACCGCUCGAAAUGUCACCCUGUUUCAGAGCAUGCAUUUUCCAUGGUCUCUUCUACUCGGUUUAUCCAUCCUUUCUAUAUUCAAGUGCUAUGAGACAUACUUGCAGCGCUUCAUGGAGGAGUGUUUGUUACCCAACUUGCCAAAUAUUUUCACGUUGACUUCGGAGUCGUUCAAUUUUGAAUGGAUAGCCAAACAGUCCCUAUGUCCUUUGAGUUUUUGACGUAAAAGCUUAAGGUGCUACACAUGAGCAAUGGUGGCAUUUGGGAGUUUCAAGGAUUCCCAUUUCCAACCACCAAUACUUUGGAGAUACGCCUAUUCCCACUCUCCAACCGUUUCAGCCACCGAGCACCAAUGCAAGAGAUUAUAGGAUUGAGGCGAUGAUAGCGGCCAUCCUUCACAACUAGGGGUGGGCAACGAUUCGAUUCACAUCAGACCGAAUCGGACCGAAUCGAUUCUCACACCGAAUCGGAUAGAACUGUUUAUCUUUCGAUUCGACUUUGGUACCUGAAUUUGGGACAUUUUCGGUUUUGGUUCGGUCCUAACCGAAAUCGUAAAUCAAGCUAAUGACCAGACUGAAUCAUAAUUAAUUUAAUUGCCUAUUUUAUUAGGCUCUUAGAAGGCAAGUUGACUUGGAGUUGAAAAUCCUAGUACCCUACACGACACUUAACAACCUAUAAAUAUGAUUGACACUCCCUUACUUUGACUCGCCGCUCCCGCUCCUAUAGUCCUACCCUCAAAUAAGAUUUCUCAUUCGCGUUGCUUCGAUCAAGAGAGAUGCUUACUUUACCUACACACUAUGAACCAGGUAUUUAUAUUGUGUUCUCUUUUCUUAUUCAAUGUUUCAGAUAUGGAGAAGAUGCGAAUAAAUGACACCAUAGAGUGAUUUUAUUCGAAUGAAAGAAUAUUCGGUCCAAUGGGAUGGUCCAUACCAAAUCGAGCCAUAUAUGGUUUGAUCCGGACCGAAUCGACGUAAUAAUGAUUCGACUUUGGUCAUUGAUUUAGAAGAAAUUUUGGUCUGGUCCGAUGAUAGUUUGGUCUGGUCUUGGACCGAAUCAACCAAUGCCCACCCCUAUUCAUAACCAACGGAGGCAGAAAGAUGCACGACUCCACAUCAUGGUAUGCGUCCACGCGGUCAUGCAGAAGAUGAACAUUCCGAUCGACAAUGUACCAGCCACAUUCAACUGCCUCACCUCUCCAACACCUCUCCACAUCAGGGGAUGUUUUUGUUUGUAUGAAUGUCUAUCACGAUUGAUUGAACCAUUGAUUGCUGCCAUUAUCCCUCGUUUGUGAAUGUAAGAUGUUGAUAAACACUUGUGGGAGUAUGUGCUAGUAAUCGUUUUUAUGUUGUGGUAAUGAAUGGUAAAAUUUUAGUGUUUUUGGAACCUUGAAUGCUACACCCAAAUAUUUUCAAAUUUGAGGGUUCCACAACACUUUGUCCUUGAAAAUACCUACACAAUGUGCUUUGACUUGAUUAGAUCGAUUGAUUUGUGGUGUAUCUUAGGUGAUAGUUGUACGGCUUGAGUAUCGGUAUGUGAGGGGUUCUACUACUUUCUUCCUCUUUUGUGAGUCGAUAAUUUUUGAUACUAUAGGAACGCAAUGUGUACGAGAUUCUCUUCUUUAUGUGAACUAGGAAAUUUUUCAAUUUGUGCUUAAAAACAGGAAAAAGAGGUUCUCACGUGAGUGGCAACCGGGCAAAGAAUUGAGAUCAACCGUAAUAGAACCAAAGGUACCUUUUAGCGAUUCUCGAGACCUUAUAGUUCUCGUUUGUACCCAACAUGUGUGGCAGCCCAAUGUGGAGUGCAGGCUGGGAAGUGGUGCUUGGGCUACGACGAAUUCGACCAUCAGCUUCCCACAUGUGAUCUUGAAAGGGAAGGCUAUGAUUCAUCCGCUCUUGGUCAUGAGGGAGAGAUUUUUUUAUGCAAAGAAAAAAAUUGCAAAGGUUUGGUGCAAUGUGCAUAAACGAAGAAAAAGGAGACCGAAAAAAUGACAACUCCUACCCCAAAAGGAAAAAUAAAAGCACCGCCAAUAGUUCUAGUAGUCGUUCGUUGUCUCAGAAUCCCUCGGAGCACAUUUUUUAUGGUCAUCACAUGGCAGUUUGUGCUCGCACGGUAGGAAGGUAGUAGCAUUCAUUCAUCCCUGUAUACUCUCAUCUAUGCAAUGAAGAACUACCAUGCAUACCUCAUCAAUUUGGUCUAUCAUAUUGCAUUUGGUUUGAGUAGGUUUGCUUGGGGACAAGCAAACGCUUAAGUGUGGGGGAGUUUGAUAACACCAAACUUGGUGUUGUUUACCCUACAUAUUUAGGUGUGUUUUGUGCCAAUUCAUGUGCUUAAAUGCUUGAACAUCAUCAAAUACAUCCCUAUUGUGUUCCUAUUCGAUUUCGAUGUGAUUUUAGGGCGUAUUAGUCAAUAUGUGCAAACUAGGUACACAACAAGGUCACAAGUGUAGAGAAGUGGCAUGCAGCUAAAGAUCGGGGCUUAGAAGCCAAAGAUCACGACCAUGAUCACAAGCCACGAAGACUAGUUGAAGAUCGCUGCCUGGAAGCUAAAGAUCCCGAACGCAAUCUUGGAGGCUUAGGGUGCGAACUUUCCAUGGAGGGAGCCUUGAAGAAACAGAGAGUUUCCCCAGUCGAAUCACGGCCAAUGCUUAUCUUGCCCGCGAGAAAGAUCGCGACCGCGAAGUCGGCCCGAUCUUCCCCCUUCAGAAGGACAUGACGACGUCGUCUUGAGAUCGCGACCUAUCCUUAGAAGAUCCUGUCCGCGAUCUCUCAUCCUCAGGCUCGAACUUCCCCGAGUCCAGAAUGCAUAUAAAUAGAAGCCCCUUUCCCCACUUUAAGUGAGCUGAUUUUGAGAGAAAUUUUUUGGUUCUAAAGAGAGAGAAGAAGGAGGAGCUAGGAGCAAGGAAGAUCUUCCCCAACUUCAAGUCUUCUUCUAUUUCUACCAUGUAUCUUCUUCCCUCCUUUGGGGAGUAGUCCUUUAAGGUACUAGGGGGGUUCUAAACCCCAAACCCUAGUUUUAGGGUUUACUUUGUAUAUAUAAAAUGAAUGUGUUUGAAUCAAUGAAUGUGUUUGCCUAGUUGAUUUUGAUGUCACUCUUUCCUAAAUGAUUACACUUGGGCAACUAGCCCCAAUCUUCCCUCUUAGCGUGCUUUAUGCUAACGCGCUGGGUACGGAGUUCUAGGGUUAGAUGGGUAUGCGCCAUCUGGCGAGUUUAGGUUAGAUGUGUUGAUUCAGGCCUAAUUAUACACAUUUUAUCCCCGUUUUCCUUAGGCGUUUGUGGCAAUUGUGCUCCUAAAAGGGUGGUUUUACGCUAGGUUUCUUGUGUUUUAGCAUGUCUCAAGAUUUAAUAGGUGAAACCCGCCCCGGAGUCGAAAGUUGGACGAAAAGGAGCGAAAACUGGGAGAAGAGGAGAAAAAGAGGCAGUUCACGAUUUCCCCUCGGAGUUCACGAUCUGCUUAGACCGUGAAGAGGAGCUGUUGCCCGUGAACAUAAAGGCGUCCAGAGCCAAAUCCCAAGUAACUGACGCUAAUUGAGUUCACGGUCACUAAGACAGUGAACAAGAGUUGCUGCCCAUGAACAUGUGCAAGUGAAGCGGUGCGUUUCGAUGCCCUUCUUGAGUUCACGGACGCUUUUCAGAGUUCACGGCCAUGAACUGAGGCCGUGAACUGAGCUCUUUCCUUGUUUAAAAUAUGAGCUGAAAGGAAGAGAGAGGAGAGAGCCCAUUGGAGUGAGAAAGCCUUCUUUAGAUUUUAGAGAGAGAAAGACGAACCAAAGGAGAAAGAGGCUAGGGUUUUGCUCGAAGGGUGGAUUUGGUAAGAUUCUCCCCAAGAGAAGUUCAGCACAAGUGCCAAGAAGAUUGGAAACCUCCUUCAUGAUGGUUUCUACCUCUUCACCUUGUGUUUCUCCCAUUUCUAGCAUGGAGUAGAUUUUUUUUCACUAUGGUGUUGUGAAACCCUAGCUAGCUAUCAUGUAGUUUUCUGUUAUGUGAAUUGAAUGAUUGUUUAUGGGUGUUGUUUAAUUCAAUGAUUGAGGUAUUAUUCAUGUUGAUUGUGCAUCUUUGUGCUUAGAAAUCUAAGGAUUGUGCAUGUUGGUGCUUAGCAAUCUAAGGAUUGUGCAUGAUUGUGCUUAGAAAUCUAAGGAUUGUGCAUGUUUGUGCUUAGCAAUCUAAUUAGCCACUUAACCUAGAUUAGAGAGGAAAACCCCCCUUCCAAGGGAGACUCAAUUGAGUUGGAAUUCCUAGGGCUUUUUAAGACUCCUGACUAGGUUAAUUUAGGGUAAACCUCAAUGUUGGAUUAAGCAAUUCGGUUAAGCGCAAUCGAGCCGUCCAACCCUUGGGUUGAGUGAGGGAGUAAGUCAACCAUUGAUUGCUUAAACCGAGAGGGCCGAGUGACAGCCUAUAAUGUAUUCCUCGGUUUAGCAAUCGUGAGUGUGGUCUAUGACCAUAUUUGCAUCCCCUAGCGGUUCACGAUCACCUUUCCCAUAGCAAUCGUUUCAAUUCACAUACCAUGGUAGUAGUUAUGGGGAAGCGACACCCGAGUGAUCCUUCUCACAAAAGAGCUUUCAAAACCAUUCACUUUUGUCUUGCUUUAUUUUAAUUAGCAAAAUUUUUAACCAAAACCUUGUUGCUAGAUAAUGAUUCGAAUGACUGAAGUAGGGGUACACGCACCGGCCCGGGACGAUAUUUAAACAUACUUAUCAUGUACUGCACCCGACUAAGGUUUAUAUUUGGACCUUAGGUGGGAAUUUAUUGUGGUAUUCGGGACGAGUCAUCUGUGAAUGGGGGCUUAUAGUGGUAGAGGCGACUGUGCCCCUGCUAUAGGUUUAUUUCCUAGGUGAAACUCGGCAUAAAACCUCAGUAUUGACGGUGGAUAGUGUCUAUUGAAAUGAGCCAUAUACUUAAUGCCCCAUAUACGAUAGCCUAGAUUGAGGUGACUGGAGCAUUGAUUUAGGGGAGGCGUAUUCGGAGGUGUGUUGAUAACGAUGAAGGCCUACGGAAAAAAGCUCACUCACCACAUUCGACGACCCUAGUUAUCUAUUAUUGCAUAGUGACCCUAAGCUAGGGGGAGGAUUAGUCCCCGAAGUACCUGCUUUUAGCUUUGAUCAAUCCUUAGACUAGAGUUUCCUCAUAUCCUCCACUCAAAACCUCAAAAACCGAUUAACUAAUUAGCAACUAGGGGGAAGUAAGCUAGGGUACCGGGAGUUGGGUAGAAUACGACUUUGAUUACCACUAUACAGCAACGCCGUUUUAGUUUAAACUUAGCCUAGGAUGGAGUAGUUUUGGAUACGUGCAAAUCUCUGACCAAAACCUGCACGAUAUGAAGUGAUCAACAUAAGUACAAUAAUAGGAAAUGUGAAGAAUUAUAUGAAUCAAAUAGAUAAAAAAAAUUGUUUGAAAAAAAUCAAACAAAAUAAUCCUAAAACGUAAUAGGUAAUUGAAAGAGUGUCUAUAGGAAGGAACGUUUAUAAGGAUCUUUUAGCUAUCUGGUUCAAUGAUCUAUAAGAACUUCAAAUAUCAUUUUUAUUUAUUAUAUACAAAAAAUGAGCCAAUUUUCUAUGAUCAAGCAAAUUGCAAACCAAAAUACCGAAUUUCUACAUCUUAUUUGUCACAUUGGAUUUGUUGGUACAGUUGAGGAAAAGAAUUCAACGAAUAAAAGUUAAUAGGAAAAAAAUACUUGUAUUGUCAUAAAUUUGGCCUUUGUAACAAUUGUAGCCAAAUUUGAAGAAAUAUACUAGCAAAGCUAUAUUUUGGAUUUUGCUAGAAAAUAUAGCAUUUCAUCACAACACGGUUAGGAAUGGUGACUGGACUAACGAUUUAUGCUGACAUGGCAAAUUUUGUCUUAACUUCAGCCACUUUAUGACAACUCUCCAUGUGUGGAUCAUCUAGGUGUUGUACAUUACAUUCUAUGAUAUCUCGAGGUAACUCAUGAUGUGGGAAUGUUGUUCCCAUCUUGUGGGUCAACGACUCUGACUGCAAAUUUAGAUUAUCAUUUUGCAGGAUGUAUUGAUACACGUCAGGAAACCAUAGGGUGGUGUGUGCGUUUUGGUUCUGCCUUUGUGUCUUGGAUGUAAGAAACAAGACCAAGUUGAGUAUUGGGCAAUGUUAGAUGUGUUUUCCGAACUAGUAUGUCUUCGUGACUUUUGUCUAAUUUUGGAGUUACUUGUGUAGUUCCAAUGGAUCUCUUUGUGGAUAACAAUAGUGUGAUGUAUAGUCGUCAAUCCUAUCAUACAUGAUUGUAAGAAUCACAUCAAGAUUCAAUCCUAUCAUGCAUGAUUGCAAGAAUCACAUCAAGAUUCAUUUACACUGUAUACGAGAUCUGGUAUGUGAUGGUACAGUUACACUUCAUUAUCUUCAAACAGAAGAUCACAUAACUGAUCUUCUCAAUGAAGCUUCUCAGCAUGUCGUCAUUGGCAUCUCACUAUCAAAUGAAUACUUAGAGAUCAACAUCAAUUUGGGGAGGCUGUUGAUAUAUAUAUAAAAGACAUUAUUUAUGGGUUUGGCCCAUUUGUAUAUUAUGAUCAUGAGCCCAUCAUUAGUCUCUAGUACGUACAACCUAUGAAAAGUAGCAUAGGUUAGGAGAAGAUAGAUGAUUCCGAAACCUAGAGAGACAUGAGUUGUAUUUUAUGUUUUCUUAUACUAACAUUGAAGUCGAGGAUUGAUAGUGCAUCAUUUUGGGUAUGCCAUAUUAUAUAUUAUAUCUUCAUUUGGGAAUAUCAGGGUUCCUCAGGGAUUCAACCACAAACUCUAAUCCAAGAGUGGUCGACGCUCUAUGCGGCUUUAGUAUUGGUUGCACGACUUGAACUAACUAUCUCAUCUUGAGCCAAGUAUAACUCAAGGUGGCAUUGCUAGUGUAAUGGUUGACCAAGGUCGUAUUCCACGGGUCUCGAUAUUCUAUGCUACUUUUUACUCGGUCAUUAUUUAGUCAAUCGAGUUUUAGGGUUGUUUUGGAGGACAAACAAAAAUAACUAGCAAUGAAGGCAGAGAUAAAAUGCAGGUACUCGGGGUAUCACCCUCACACUAGAUAUUAGGCCUGUCAUGUAGAAGGAUAACUAUGUUGGUUUGUGGGAAACGAAAUGCGAAACUCACUAAUGUGGGGACUAGCUCAAUGGUUAGGCAACUAGCCGCCUCCUAAUCCAAUUCAGUAAUGAAAUCUUGCCACAGUCUGGUUCACGAACUAGGGAUAUUGUCUAUUCCCUUUCUGUAGGUUGCACCUAUCUGCACACUAGAUCGAUAUGUCGAUAGUCAAGCACGUAUCGCUCUAGCAUUACUUAGGUGGGUAUCCCAAUUGGCAGGAGAUGGUCACCUUGACCACCAAUUGAGCCCCUAGAUCAUUCAACUACACUCACCAUGCCAAAUUGCUCAAAUCCACUACUUCCUCAAUCAAACCCUAACUAGGCAAUCAAGACAGGCAUAUACAGAGAAAAGUUCAAAGCAUAAUUAACACAAAUAAAUGCAUAUAACACGA